CAAUGACCCAAGUGAGACCUGGCGCUUCCCCAGCAACGUGCCCCAGAUCAGCUCAGAUCUGAGCCUGUUGAUCGACUCGCACGCACCCCAUUUCCAAACGCCGAAAGCGGAAAUUCCCUCACGCGCUUCCAUCGCUUGAAGCCACUCUUGAAGCCCACUACGGUUCCCCAUACCAUGCCCCACGCAGGACGGUGUUCUAGAAGCGAUGACGUAUCGGGCUUUGAUACCCGAGGGUAAAUGUACCUGAGGAGCAUGAGCGAACGAACGCAAUGGAGAUUUGCUUUAGAGGAAGCUAAUUUAGUGUCCUUGAUUGCCUUUUGAUACUGAUCAUCAUCUGAGGAAAGACUUUGCAAGGCAGAGGGAUUCUGAGACUUCAAUUGAUACUUCCUGCGUAAUCUUCAAGGCAAUCAUUUCAGACAAGAUGUCUUUUCUUUUACGAAACGCACGAAUUGCCGCUCGGCCGGUUAUUGCUUCACGAGUUAUGCCCUCGAGGGCUUUUACGAGUUCAAGCGUGAGGCCUCUCAAGGAGGAUGAUCGCCACAGUCCAGAUCUGGCGGAGCAAAAUGAGAGACACAAGCAAGACCAAUUGCAGAAGCAAAAGGAUGGGAAGGGUCAUUGGAAGCCAGAACUGGCAAGCAACAGCGAGGAAGCUGUAGCCGCGGAUCGUCAAGCCGGUGAUCAUACAAUUGAGGAAUUGCAGAAGAAGACGGCAAAGCAUGCGGAGGAGAAGCACAAACAUGGAACAAGUCAAGAUCCUGGGUUGUGAUUAUUGGAACUGGCGAAGUCAGUCGGACUAGAAGUAGAAACGAGGUUCCUGGUGAGCAGGA